GUCGCGCUACAUCCUCUUCCACAGCCUCUUCGCCACGCUCACGCUCGGUUUGCGGCUGCAACAUCCAAUCUUCUACAACUCCUUCAACUGCGUCAACGGCGGACCCUAUCGCGGAUGGAAGGCCUACUCGUCGCUGCUCGGUUUCAUCCAGGCAGCCGUGCAGUUUGUCGCUGCCAUGAUUCAACUCGCGCUAUACCUUCAACACCGUACACCAUCAACUCCAGAUGACCCCACCGAGUCCCCCGAGCCAGGCAUCUCCUCCACAACCCUCAAAGCAACCGUCAUCACCGUGGCACUCACCGUGCUACCAGUAUCUCUCGCAUUCCUAUGGUACAACUCUAGCCCCUUGUUUGAUCAAGACGACCCCACGAAACUGGGCAACUACAUCGCCCGCCUUUAUGCUUCUCCAGUUUCUGUACGCGAUCCAGACGGUGCGUGCCGGGCUGCAGACCCACGACGGCAACGGCACGCUUAGUCUUGUGGAGUUGCUGUUGCAGGCCGCGGCGUUUCUUUGGCUUGCGGUUGCGCAGACGCUUAGGUCGUGGAGCAAGAUCCUGUGGCCAGAUCCUGGCUCAUGCCGGUCGGUUGGGCGGUUCUUGGAGUGGUUUUUGGCUUUUUACGGGACUAUAAAUACGCAUGUGGCGUACUUUGUUGCUGGGGUUGGCUAUCUGGUGCUUUUUUGUGUUGAUUUGCUUGACAGUCGCGAUAGAAUUAGACUCUAAGCUUCCCGAGGUCCGAGUUUAACAUGAAGUCAGCACUUCUAUAAAGGAUGAAAAGAAGUAUGGUAGAAACAAUUGCCCG